AAUGAACUCAAUUCUACAUCAUUAAAAAAAAAAUUUUUUUAAAUAAAUAGAAUCAAUAUUCUCCUUCCUCAACACAACCAAUUUUUUUAAUUUUUAAUAAUGCAAGUUUCAACUUCAACUCGUAUAGCAACCGCUCUUGUAGUUGCAAAAUUAUUUAACGACAUUCUUCCUGUUCUUGCUCAAGCAGGAGGAAAUGCAGGUGGGAAUUCUGAGUCAUUGGAAUCUUUUAUUUCGAGAAGAGCCGUCCGUAAUACAUGGAUUGCCUUUUGGAUUCUUUGGAUUAUUUGGGCACUUAUUUCAUUAUUAGAUUACACCACGAGAGAUAGAAAUUAUACUCGUGGUGGUGACGGUGUUGAAAGUGGUGACCGUAAUAAUAAUAACCCCAGAAACAAAGGAUUCUCUCGUUUCGUGAAUGGUGGAAAUGGUGCAAAACGAGCAGCAAGAUUAGCACGUGAUCUUUUAUUGGGAUUACUUUCGGCUUUAGUUAUGAAUACAUUCGCACGUGGAUCAGCUAUUUCAGUUGAAAUUAUAACUUGGUUCUAUUUAGGAAUAGCGAUUAUUAUGUUGCUUGUUGAAAUUUUGGUGGAUAGUAAAAUAGCAAAAAUAUUCUUUGGUAUUGUGGAAUUUGGCCUUCUAUUAACCAUUUUUAGCUUGUCUUACCGUAACGGCUGGAAAUUUUUUAAUGCUUAAACACAAUAUAUUUUAGCCACUUGAAUGUUUAUUUUUUAUUUUUUCUCACACUAUUAAUUUAUUAUUAAUUGUAUUUAAUUGCUAGCGAAUAUUCUCAAUUCGAAAUUUAUAAAUUUAAAUAACUAUUUUAAUAUAAUUCAAAAUUUUAUUGUUAUU